AUGCCACGUCCACCAUCAGAUGACGCCUACGAUUCCGACUCUGGUUCAGAGUUCGAAGCCUCUGAUGUCCAACUCGGUCUCGCCGACGGCCCUCUCGAAGGCGACGAUGAAGCCAAUCCUCUCGUCUCUCGCAUCGGCGGUCGAGCUGCUUGGCUUCCCAUGAAGUCCAGUCCUACGCAGCAAGUCGCUACCUGCAACUCGUGCAAGCAACAGAUGCAGCUCCUCGUUCAGAUCUUUGCUCCUCUCGUCGAGUCCGCCUACGACAGGUGUCUCAUGGUCUGGGGUUGUGCAAGACCUGCUUGUCAGCGCAAAGAUGUCUCUUCAUUGCGAGUGAUUCGAACGCUCAAGUUCAACCGUCGUUGGGCGGCUAAGCUCGAAAAGCAAAAGGCUAAGCGUCUUGCUCGCGAACAAGCCAAGAAGGAACGCCAGGCUGCAGCCGCUAAGGCCAAGCAGAAGCAGGAGGAGAGGGCCAAGGUCAAUCCUUUCGCUGCUUCUGCUGAUGCUGGUGGUGCCAAUGGCGGUCUAGGUGGAAUGCUUUUCGGCGGUGGCGCGGAUAAUCCAUUUGCGACUUCCACUCCUGCACCUGCUGCCGAGUCUACCACCACAGCAGCUGCCUCCGCCGACAAUGAAGACGACAACGAAGAAGAGUACUCUGACCACGAAGACUCAGAAGACGAAGACGAUCAACUAGCAGAAGAGCUCGCACUCAAAUCCGAUCUCGAAGCCACACCUUCCAAUCCCGAGUCGUCUUGGGUCAAAUCUUCCACCAGAUACCCACCUCUCUAUCUCAACACCAUUCCCGAACCCUCUUCUUCCUCCAUCUCCAAGAAACUCUCCAAGGAAGAAGCAGCAAUGCUCAAAUCCGCCUCCGCCUCUGGCACCCUUACCACUUCGGACAAUGCUGCCGAUGACGCCGACCUCAAAGGCUUUGCCAAAGAGGGUUACGAAAAGAUGCUCCUCGACGGCAUCGACGAUUCCUUUGAGCGAUUCCUCAAGCGUGUUGAAGUCGAACCUCGUCAAGCAGUCCGUUACGAAUUUGGGGGAGAACCUAUUGCGUUCCAUGCCAAAGGCAAAGUGUACGAUCUUCUCUGGCCUAAAGAACGCAAAGCUAAAGCCGGCGAAGCAGUUCCUGUGACCAAAGGCCAGUUCAAGUCUGGAGAACCUUUAGCUGGAGAACGAGCUUUCACUUCUCGUGCUGUCCCCCCUUGCCCCCAAUGUGGAGCGGAGAGGGUGUUUGAAGCUCAACUCAUGCCGAAUCUUAUCAAUAUGCUCAAGGCGGAUAAGAUUCAGGCUGUGGAUGGCUCCCUAGACAUCGAUUCUUCCUGUACCCUCGGUGGAGGGGAGGGAGAUGAGGAAGCGAAGAGGAAAGCUGCUAUCGAGCAAGCACUCGGUCGUCGCCUCCCCUCUGCAAACAACAAUGCUGAGGUUAAAGGAAGCUUUGACGCGAGGACGGGCUUGGUUUGGAGCACGGCUUUCGUCUUCACCUGCAAAAACGAUUGCUGUGUCCCCGCAAAGGAAGGGCAAGUAGAGAAGGGGGAUGAGUGCUGGAGGGAAGAAGUCAUUCUGGCUCAGUUUGAGGAUGAACAGUAA